GUGAAUCGAGAAAGCAGAGCGAGCGGCAGUGCGGGCUUCGGGAGGCAGGGGGCUCUGUGCUUGCGCCGCGGCGCCGGUGUCUUCUCCUCCUUGUCGGAGCGCUUCAGAGGCGGCGCCAGGCUCGACUCGGCCGCCUUCCUCCGCCCUCGCCCAUGGCUCCCGCCGGCGGCCUCGGCUCCUGAUGGGCUCCUGCGCUCGGUGCAACGGGCUGUUGGGGAGCGGGGGCUCGGUCUAGCGCGCCCGCCCGGGUAAGGAUCGCCGCCACCGCCUUCGGGCCCUGAGAGGGCCGCUUCUCCUUCCCACUUGCCGCUGCUUCUCCGCUUCUCCUCCUCCUCCUGUUCCUGCCUCCGCUCCCCGCCCUGCCGGGCAAUGAGAAGCUGCUUCUGCUUGAAACGGGGGAGCCGGGAUCAGCCGCCGCCAGCGCCCCGGGCAACAGAACAGUCCACGAUGCCUGAGGUUAGAGAACUUGCUGAUGCUUUGCCAGAUGUGCCCAUGGACCCAAUCACUGGAGUCGGGGUCGUUGCUUCCCGGAACCGAGCGCCUACAAAUUACGAUGUCGUUGCACAGACGGCAGAUGGCUUGGAUGCUGACCUCUGGAAAGAUGGCCUGUUUAAAUCCAAGGUCACACGAUAUUUGUGCUUCACACGGACCUUUUCUAAAGAGAAUAGCCACCUGGGCAAUGUCUUGGUCGAUAUGAAGCUCAUUGAUAUCAAGGACACGUUGCCUGUUGGCUUCAUUCCUAUCCAAGAGACCAUGGACACACAAGAAACUGCUUUCCGGAAGAAGAGGCUGUGCAUCAAGUUCAUUCCGCGGGAUUCUACGGAGGCCGCAAUUUGCGAUAUUCGGAUCCUGGGCCGGGGCAAACAAGCCCCUCCGCAGUAUACGUUCAUUGGGGAACUGAACAAUAUGGGCAUAUGGUACCGCAUGGGCAAAGUCCCCAGGAACCAUGAAUCGUCUCAGCCCACGACACCUUCUCCACAAGCUCCAGCUACAACGCCAGCUGCUAACCUCCCCAGGCAUAUAUCUCUGACACUUCCAGCCAGUUUUCGAGGGAAAGGGCAUGGCACUCGACCAGACUUUGAGUACCAGCACUCCAAUUUAUAUGCCAUAUCAGCGAUGGAAGGAGUGCCUUUUAUGAUCUCGGAGAAGUUCGCCUGCGCUUCCGAAGGGAUGCAGCCAGUCGAUCUCCUGGGCAUCACUAUUAAAUCAUUGGCAGAAAUCGAGAAGGAGUACGAUUACAGCUUCCGGACAGAGCAGAGCGCUGCAGCCAGGCUCCCCCCGAGCCCCACUCGAUGUCCACAGCUCCAGCAGUCCUGAAGCCCCCACCCCUGGGUGCCAUGGAGAGAGGAAGCACAUGUACUACUGAGAGGGGAGAAUGAUUCCCCUCCUCUCCACGUAACCUUUUCCACAAACCCCUUUUUUUCUCCCCUUCCCCCCC